AACAGAAGUGACAACAUCUCUCGCGCGCAGAGGAUCCGCUGAGGGAUGCAGUGAAACUUAGUUUGUUAUUGACUUGUUCUUCACUGUUUUGGUCCGUUUUUUUUCACCUGUCGUAAAGGGGAGACACAACGUCGGAUCUAUGAAAAAAGCCACGUGGACUUGUAAAAACGUUUUAAACCAGAAGGAAUGUAUAUUUUCUUUGCCAAACUAACUUUCUUGUUGUCGCUGAUCGGACUAACACGAGGCCUGAUAUGCUCCUCGCUCACGGAGUCAUGUUCGAACCAGGGGAGAUGCGAAACAACUCCAGAUGGGACCGGAGAGUGCAAAUGCGGGGAUGGAUAUGUAGGAAGCCGGUGCCAGUUUCGUGACCCGUGCGUCUCCUCGCCAUGCAUGAACGAGGGCACGUGUCGAGCCGUGACCAGAGGGAACGCGGUGGACUUCAGCUGCACCUGCAAACCGGGCUACACUGACCGCAUCUGCCUCACGCCCGUCAACGUCUGCCUCAGCUCACCGUGUCGUAACGGAGGCACGUGUGAGCUCGAGACCCUCCAGGCGUACAAGUGCCACUGCCCACCUGGAUGGUCAGGUAAACUGUGCCAACAAGCCGACCCCUGCACCUCGAACCCAUGUGCCAAUGGCGGCCAGUGCUCUGCCAUCGAGUCUCAUUACAUCUGCACCUGCACGCCAUUCUUCAACGGAAAGACCUGCAAACAAGACGUCAACGAGUGCGAUGCAAACCCGUCGCCCUGCAAGAACGGGGGUGUGUGCAUCAAUGAAGUGGGCGGGUACAGAUGCCAGUGUCCUCUGGAGUACAUGGGCAAGCACUGCGAGAACCGCUACCUGCCCUGCAACCCCUCACCCUGCUUUAAUGGAGGCACUUGUAUCCAAAAGGGGGAAACAAGCUAUGAAUGCACCUGUGUACUAGGUUUCAGUGGUAAAAACUGCAACUACAACAUUGACGACUGUCCCAAUCAUGACUGUCAGAAUGGAGGGACGUGUGUAGAUGGAGUCAAAACCUACAACUGCCAGUGUAAACCGGAAUUUACAGGUCAGCGCUGCACAGAGGAUGUAGAUGAGUGUCAACUGAUGCCCAACGCCUGCCAAAAUGGUGGAACGUGUCACAACACCUAUGGCAGCUACCAGUGUGUGUGUGUUAAUGGCUGGACCGGCGACGACUGCAGCGAGAACAUCGAUGAUUGUGCCAGUGCCGCGUGCCAUGCCGGAUCCACCUGUCAUGACCGUGUCGCUUCCUUCUUCUGCGAGUGCCCUCAUGGCCGCACAGGUCUGCUGUGCCAGCUGGACGACGCCUGCAUCAGUAACCCGUGUCAAAAGGGCUCCAACUGUGACACCAACCCUGUCAAUGGAAACCACUUUUGCAACUGCCCCUCCGGAUACUUUGGUGCUUCCUGUGAUCAAGAUACUGACGAGUGUGCACUGGGUUCCAACCCAUGUGAGCACGCAGGCAAGUGUAUCAACACCAAAGGUUCCUUCCAGUGUAAGUGCCAGCAGGGUUUUGUGGGGCCACGAUGUGAACUGGACAUCAACGAGUGCAUUUCCAACCCGUGUAUGAACGAGGCCACGUGCCUGGACCAGAUAGGAGGCUUUCGCUGCAUCUGCAUGCCAGGCUACGAGGGGGAGUUCUGCCAGAUCGAUACGGACGAGUGCGCCAACAGCCCCUGCGUCAACAACGGCAAAUGUAUCGACAAGAUCAACUUCUUCCUCUGCCAGUGCCCCACAGGCUUCACUGGGAACCACUGCCAGAUAGACAUCGAUGAGUGUGCCAGCACGCCGUGCAAGAAUGGCGCCAAAUGCACAGACGGGCCCAACAAGUAUACCUGCGAGUGCACGGAAGGCUACACAGGGAGACACUGCGAGAUUGACAUCAACGAGUGUUCCUCUGACCCCUGCCAUUACGGCACCUGCGUCGACGGGUUGGCCUCGUUCAGCUGUAACUGCAGACCCGGAUACACCGGGCGGCUCUGUGAAACCAACAUCAACGAGUGUCUGAGCCAGCCGUGCAGGAACGGCGGCACCUGCCAGGACCAAGAGAACACUUACAUUUGCAGCUGCCCCAAGGGAACCACAGGAAUCAACUGUGAAAUCAACAUUGACGACUGUAAGAGCAACCCCUGUGACUACGGGACCUGCAUUGACAAGAUUAAUGGAUAUGGGUGUGCCUGUGAACCAGGUUAUACCGGCACCAUGUGUAACAUCAACAUUGACGAGUGUGCCAUCAACCCCUGCCACAACGGCGGCACCUGCAUCGAUGGCAUCAACAGGUUCACCUGCGUGUGUCCGGAUGGUUACCAUGACACCACCUGCUUCUCGCAAGUCAACGAGUGCCUCAGCAACCCCUGCAUCCACGGCAACUGUGAAGAUAAGAUCAACGGCUACAACUGCCUCUGUGAUUCCGGCUGGAGCGGUAAAAACUGUGACAUCAACAACAACGAGUGUGAGUCCAACCCGUGUAUGAAUGGUGGCACCUGCAAGGAUAUGACCGGCGGAUACGUGUGCACCUGUCGCGUGGGCUUCACCGGACUAAACUGCCAGACCAACAUCAACGAAUGUGCCUCCAACCCCUGCCUCAACCAGGGGACGUGCAUCGACGACGUCGCUGGCUACAAGUGCAACUGUCUCCUGCCUUACACGGGAGAGAACUGUGAAACCGUGAUGGCUCCCUGCAGCUCCAAACCCUGCAAAUAUGGAGGAGUGUGUCAGGAGUCAGAGGACUAUCAGAGCUUCUCUUGUGUCUGCCCUGAAGGAUGGCAAGGACAAACCUGUGAGGUGGACAUCAAAGAGUGUGUGAAGAAUCCCUGUCUUAAUGGAGCAACCUGUCAGAACACUAUGGGCAGUUUUCGCUGUGGCUGCAAACCGGGCUUCACUGGACGCAUAUGUGAAACUGACAUCGACGACUGCAAGCCCAACCCCUGCAGCAACGGAGGACUCUGCAAGGAUGAGGUGAAUGGCGUCCUGUGCACCUGCCUGCCUGGCUUCAGGGGGACAAAGUGCGAGGAGGACAUCAACGAGUGCGAGAGCAACCCGUGUAAGAACGGCGCCAACUGCACUGACUGUGUGAACAGCUAUACCUGCACCUGUCCACCCGGCUUCAGUGGAAUCCACUGUGAAAACAAUACUCCUGACUGCACUGAGAGCUCCUGCUUCAACGGCGGCACUUGCAUGGACGGCAUCGACACGUUCACCUGUCGGUGUCCGCCAGGUUUCACUGGAAGUUACUGUCAGCACGACAUCAACGAGUGUGACUCCAAACCCUGUCUGAACGGAGGCACCUGCCAGGACAGCUACGGCACCUACAAGUGCACCUGCCCCCAUGGUUACACGGGACUCAACUGUCAGAAUUUGGUCCGUUGGUGUGACUCGUCACCCUGUAAGAACGGGGGAACCUGCUGGCAGAGAGGCACCACCUAUACCUGCGAGUGUGAGACAGGCUGGACGGGCUUAUACUGUGAUGUCCCGCGUGUUUCCUGUGAGGUGGCAGCCAAACAGAGAGGAGUCGAUGUUGCCCAUCUGUGUCGGAACUCCGGUCAGUGUCUGGACGCAGGAAACGUUCACCACUGCUACUGCCAGGUCGGAUACACUGGAAGCUACUGUGAGGAGCAGGUGGAUGAAUGCACCCCCAACCCUUGUCAGAAUGGAGCCACCUGCACCGACUUCUUAGGUGGAUAUACGUGCAAGUGCAUGCCAGGCUACAUUGGGACCAACUGCUCCGACGAGAUCAAUGAGUGCUUCUCCCAGCCGUGCCAGAAUGGGGGCACCUGCAUUGACCUGAUCAAUACCUACAAAUGCUCUUGUCCCCGUGGAACCCAAGGAGUGCACUGUGAAAUCAACUUUGACGACUGCAAUCCGUCCACCGACCCCGUCACCAAAGAGCCCAAGUGCUUCAACAAAGGCAAGUGUGUGGAUGGAGUGGGAGGAUACCACUGCAUCUGCCCCGCGGGAUACGUGGGGGAGCGCUGUGAGGGAGACGUCAACGAGUGUCUGUCCAACCCAUGUGACCCGCGCGGCACGCUCGGCUGCAUCCAGCUCACCAACAACUACCGCUGCGAGUGUCGCACUGGAUACACAGGUCAACGUUGUGACAUGGUGUUCGAUGGCUGUAAGGGCAAGCCUUGUCGUAAUGGAGGGACCUGCGCUGUAGCCAGUAACACGCCGCAUGGCUUCAUCUGCAAAUGUCCUCCUGGCUUCACUGGCUCCACAUGUGAGUAUGAUGCGCACGCCUGCGGCAGCCUUCACUGUCGCAACGCUGGCACCUGCAUCUCCGGCCUCAAGAGUCCCAAGUGUCUGUGCUCCCCGUCGUUCACUGGGCCCGAGUGCCAGUAUCCCACUGACAGCCCCUGUAAUUCCAACCCCUGCUACAAUGGCGGCACGUGUGAGUACACCACUGAGGCGCCGUUCUACCACUGCGUCUGCCCCACAAACUUCAACGGCCUGCGCUGCCACAUCCUGGAUUACAGCUUCCAGGGAGGGUUCGGCCACGACAUCACGCCGCCGUCAGAAGUAGAGGUGGCCUGCGAGAUCCCGCAGUGCAAGGAGCACAAGCACAACAGCUUCUGCGACGUGCUCUGCAACAAUCACGCGUGCGGCUGGGACAACGGCGACUGUUCGCUCAACUUCAACGAUCCGUGGAAGAACUGCUCUGCCUCGCUGCAGUGCUGGCGCUACUUCAACAAUGGAAAGUGUGACUCGCAGUGUGAUAACGCUGGAUGCCUCUAUGAUGGGUUUGACUGUCAGAAUCUGGAAGGACAGUGCAAUCCUCUGUAUGACCAGUACUGCAAGGAUCACUAUGCCGACGGCCACUGUGACCAGGGCUGCAACAACGCCGAGUGUGAGUGGGACGGCUUGGACUGUGCCAACAACAUGCCGGAGAAGCUGGCCUUGGGCCAGCUGGUGCUGGUGGUCCACAUCACGCCCGAGCAGCUUCUCAGCAACUCCUCCACCUUUCUGCGAGAACUGAGCCGCGUCCUUCACACCAAUGUGAUAUUCAGGAAAAACAGCAAAGGCGAGGUGAUGGUGUAUCCGUACUAUGGCAACGAACACGAGCUGAAGAAGUACAACGUCAAGCGCUCAGUUGCCGCGUGGUCAGAGGUUCCCGGUCAGGUGUUGAACGUGGUGAAGAGGAGCCUCUUGGAUGUGUCAGGAGGGAACUCAAGGAUGAGGAGGGAGCUGGACCAUUUACAGAUCAAAGGGUCAGUUGUCCACUUGGAGGUGGACAAUCGUCAGUGCUUCCAGCAGUCCACCGAGUGUUUCCAGAGCACCAACGAUGCUGCAGCCUACCUCGGGGCUUUGGCCUCAAGCGGCAAACUGGACGUCCCGUAUACCAUCAAAGCUGUUUUUAGUGAUGUCGACCAGAAGCUUUCACCAAACCUCUACCCAAUCUACUUGGUCCUGGCCGGUGUAGGGAUACUGGCCUUCCUCGGAGUGGGGAUGGUAGCUGCCCGAAAGCGGCGCCAUGAACAUGGGCGCCUCUGGCUCCCCGAAGGCUUCAAGACCACAGAGACGAGCAAGAAGAAGAGACGUGAGCCUGUCGGAGAGGAUUCAGUGGGAUUAAAGCCGUUGAAAAACACCUCGGACAUCUCGCUCAUGGAUGACGCCCAGAACGAAUGGGGCGAAGACGAGCCUUCAGAUGUAAAACGCUUCAGGCAGUUUGACGAGCAGGCUAUUUCUGAGGCGGACGACCAGACCGACCACCGCCAGUGGACACAACAGCACCUGGAUGCUGCUGACCUGCGUAUCCCCUCCAUCGCUCCCACACCCCCUCAGGGCGAGAUUGAGAAUGACUGCAUGGAUGUCAAUGUCCGUGGACCAGAUGGGUUUACUCCCCUGAUGAUUGCCUCCUGCAGCGGGGGCGGUUUGGAAACGGGCAACAGUGAAGAAGAGGACGAUGCUUCUGCCAACGUGAUCAAUGACUUCAUCUACCAGGGAGCCAACCUGCACAAUCAGACCGACCGUACGGGCGAAACCGCUCUCCACCUGGCUGCUCGCUACGCUCGCUCUGAUGCUGCAAAGCGCCUCCUGGAGGCCAGUGCUGAUGCCAACGUCCAGGACAACAUGGGCAGGACACCACUGCACGCCGCUGUGGCCGCUGAUGCCCAGGGAGUGUUCCAGAUUCUGAUAAGGAACCGUGCCACAGAUUUGGAUGCCCGCAUGCACGAUGGCACCACACCUUUGAUCUUGGCAGCCAGGCUGGCAGUGGAGGGCAUGGUGGAGGAGCUUAUCAACUGUCAUGCUGACGUCAAUGCAAUCGACGAUUUUGGUAAAUCAGCUCUACAUUGGGCUGCAGCAGUUAAUAAUAUAGAGGCUGCAAUUGUGCUUCUGAAGAAUGGAGCCAACAAGGACAUGCAAAACAACAAGGAGGAAACACCUCUGUUCUUGGCUGCCAGAGAAGGAAGCUACGAGACUGCCAAGGUCUUACUGGACCACUUUGCCAACAGAGAAAUAACCGACCAUAUGGACCGACUUCCCAGAGACAUCGCACAGGAGAGAAUGCACCAUGACAUUGUGCGACUGAUGGACGAGUACAACCUGGUGCGAAGUCCUCCCAUGCAUGGAGGGUCUCUGAGCACCACAUUGUCACCGACUCUUUGCUCGCCAAACGGUUACCUGGGCAGCUUGAAGCAGCCCCAACCUCAAGGACAGGGCAAAAAGGCACGUAAGCCCAGCACCAAGGGCAUCGGCUGUAAAGAUGGCAAAGACAUGAAGGUGAAGAAGAAGAACUCGCAGGACGGGAAGCCCGGGAACCUCCUGGAUAGCUCAGCUGUUCUCUCACCCGUUGACUCGCUGGAGUCUCCACACGGCUAUGUGUCUGAUGUGGCCUCUCCGCCCAUGAUGACCUCACCUUUCCAGCAGUCGCCAUCUGUAUCCCUGAACCAUCUGCAGGGAAUGUCUGACCCACAUCUGCCUAUAAAUCACAUGGUGAUGCCAAACAAGCAGGAACUGGCUCGCAUGCAGUUUGACCCGCUGCCUCCUCGUCUCACUCAUCUGCCCGUGUCUGGCUCCGGUGGUCAGGGCACCAUGAAUGGCCAGUGCGACUGGCUGUCCAGGAUGCAUGGCCAGUUCAAUCCCAUGAGAGGAGGUCCUGGUGGUCAUGGAGGUCUGCAUCAGGGAGGUCAGCACAGUAUGAUGACCUCCCUCCACAACAGCCUUCCUACGACCAGCCUGUCUCAAAUGAUGACCUACCAGGGGAUCCAGAGCACCAGGAUGGGUCCACAGCCCCACAUAAUGCAGCAGCAGGCUCAGCAGAUGCAGCAGAUGCAGAACCUCCAGCAGCUUCAACAACAACAACAGCAGCAGCAGAGCAUCCAGCUGCAGCAUCAAACCUCAAACAACACCAACAGUCAGAACUUCAUCAGCGGUGAGCUGAGUUCUCCGGAGCUCCAGCAGGGCACCGGCAGCUCCAGCAUGCCCAUCCACACCAUUCUACCACAGGAAACCCAGAUUAUACCCUCCCCCAUCAACCAGUCAAUGGCCAGCACCCAGUUCCUCACCCCACCCUCCCAGCACAGUUAUUCAAGCCCCAUGGACAAUACCCCAAACCAUCAGGUCCAGGUGCCGGAUCACCCUUUUCUGACCCCGUCCCCCGGCUCCCCUGAUCAGUGGUCCAGUUCGUCUCCUCAUUCCAACCUGUCUGACUGGUCGGAGGGCAUCUCAAGUCCACCGACAAGCAUGCAGUCUCAGAUUGGACAUAUACCUGAACAGUUCAAAUAAAGUGCGUGUAUGUUUUUGCCCAGAUGAGCUGCUCUCUCUCUUUUUUUUUUUUUAUGAAAAUACAAAGGCACUCUAAAAAAAAGAGACUAAAAGGGCACCGCUGUAAACAAGAUUUAGGACUUUUUUUUAUACUGUAUGCUUUUACACUAACAGCAACACCUGUUUUUCAUCCAUUCUUUUUAUUUAUUAAUGUCUUAUUUAUAUACAUUGCCUACUUACAGAAAUCUUCGGGGAUCCAUGGUGUGGGGUUUUAGCAGAACAGAGACAGUCUUUUAGAGACACUCUUUUUUUUUCAGUGCUUUUCUCUGCAGUGAGGUCACAGCAUACACACUGGGUAUUUAUUUCCUUGAGGACUUUUAGUCUUUGCCUUUUUUUGUAUAAUUUCUCAACCUUUGUUUAUAUCAUUUUAUUAUUCUUUUGUAUAAUCUUGUUAAUAAAGAAAAUUGCAAUUAAGGGGCAUUUUAUAGAGCACAUUUUAUGUUUCAGUGUUAAUGUUUAAUUUGUCGUUUAUGUGCGGGAAAUAUUGCAGUCAGUGGCGACAGUGAGCAGAACACACUGUAUGUCCUGUAUUUCAUGCACAAGUCCUUUUCCCCUUUUUUAAAAAAAAAAAUCUUCUGUGAUUCUUAGUUACACUCUAGAGUUGUGUUCAUUUCUACAUCAUCUAGAUUGAUCGCAUUCGUAUGUAGAGAUGUGUUGCACAUGCGAUAUGGUGUACAGUGUACAGCCAUCUUGGAGAUUGGCGGUUAAGAGACAGGCUUGAGUAUCUGCUAGUCCUGUGGUGUUGGAGAACUGGCCCGGUGGCCACAGCGUAUGUUGUUAUGGUAUGUUUCCAGAGGGAAAAGGAAAACAAAUUUCCCCUGUCCCUCUAUUAGUUUGAGCCUAUGGCUGUGUUCAUCCUUUUGUAAAUAAGUUCCCUUGUAAGCAAGAUUUUGUUUAAGAAAUCUGAUGUCUUAAGCAUGUCAUUUUGAUAGGCCACGCACCAGUCAACCACCUCUAAAAUGUCAAACAGAACAGAAUAUAUAAAUAUAUAUUUUGUAUUUAACUUUCCCUUAUGCAUAAAUAAAUUUGAACUAUAUACAAAUAGAUACAAUAUAUUGUUAGACAAUGUUUUUCUCAGAAAAAUAUAAAACAAUAAAUAUUGAGGUUUUAUAAACUGAUAUUUAAGUACUGUUCUGUAACACAUAAAGAAGUCCUCCAUUUGUGUAUGUCAUGAUGAUGUGUUUUUGUUACACUUUGAUGAUAUGAAAAAGAAGUUCUCAGCUGUGACAUUGUCAAUGCCUUUAUUAAAAAAAAAAAAAAAGCUCCCUGGUAUAGUUUGCAAAUUGUCAUAAUACAAACAUAAGGUUGUUGUGAAAAUGUAAUGACUGCAAUAUGUUUUCUUCCUCUCAAAGUUAUGAUUUUUGAAGAAAUGUAUUAUACCUUUUUAUUUUGUAUCUGUAAAGAUGUUCCUUGUUAUAAUAAAGGGCACUUGUGUGUCUUAAAUGUUA